AAGAAGAAGUCAGUUUGACGACAGGCGGAAACAUUUGUCUGUAGUUUCCUAAACACUAACAGUUAUGGCUGCCUCCAUAGAGAGUUUGUUGGAGGAAAUCUCCGGCGUUGAAGAUCCAAUUGAAGAGCUGCAGAGUUUAAAAACAGCCCUUUUAUCGAUCCCUGUCAGCGCUCUGAGAGACUCUCUGAGCGGACAACGUCUGGACGUGAUUUUCUCUCUGCUCAACACAAAUGAAAGGAAGCAGGUCGAGCUGUGCGUGGACAUCCUUGAACGUUUCUUAAUGGCCCUCAGCCCUGUUCAGGUGGUCCAGAACUACAGAGUGGAGCUGCAGGGGGGGUUGACCCAUCCAAAUGAAAGCGUCAAAAUACUGGCCUUGACACAGAUUGGUCGAGUGGUGGAGCAUCCAGACGCUGUCACGGAAAUCCUCAACAAUAAUGACAUCCUGCGAUCGGUGAUCCACUGCAUCGGAGAAGAGAAGAUGUCUGUGGCAAAACAGGCGAUUCAGUCCCUAUCUAAACUGAGUCACUCCAAGCCUGGAUUAGACAAAUUAUUCCAGACUGACCUGCUGAAAGUGAUGAAGGAUGUGAUGGCUACAAGUGACAUUGUCAGAUACAGAUUUUAUGAGCUGGUGGUGGAAAUCUCAUCGGUUUCUCCCAUUUCUCUCGGAUACUGUGCCAACAGCAGCUUCAUUUCUAAGCUGCUCAGUGAACUGACGGGAGACGAUGUAUUGAUCAGAGCCACAGCUAUAGAGAUGGUGACCACUCUUGCCCACAGUCAGCAUGGCCGACAGUAUUUGGCCCAGCAGGGUAUAAUGGAUAAGAUCUCCAACAUGAUCAGAGGAGCGGACACUGAUCCCUUCUCCUCCCUCUACCUUCCUGGUUUGGUGAAGUUCUUUGGCAACCUGGCCAUUAUGGACAGCCCACAGCAGGUUUGUGAAACCUACCCAGUUUUCCAGAACAAGGUCUUUGAGAUGGCCCUGGAUCCAGACCCCGUGAUGAUCGGAGUGGCCCUGGACACUUUGGGACUACUUGGAUCUACUGUGGAGGGGAAGCAGGUCCUGCAGAAAACAGGAGAAAAGUUCAAGUCUGUCUUGUUAAGAAUGAGCCAGCUCGCCAGUUCUGGAGCUACAGAGCUCAGAGUGCGCAGCUUGGACGCCAUAUCACAACUUCUCACCCUACAGCCAGAGCAGCAGACAGAAGACCUUUUGGCCCUGACAGAGUCCUGGUUCCACCUUUUAUCUAACCAGCCUAUGGACAUGAUUCGCAACAUCAGCACUCAGCCGUUUCCAGAGCUGCACUGCGGGGCUUUGCGGAUAUUCACUGCCAUAGCCGCUCAGCCGUGGGGUCAGAAGCUGAUGAUUAGCACUCCUGGAUUCAUGGAGUUCAUUUUGGAUCGUUCAACAGGUCAGACAAAGGAGGCCAAAGAUGCUAAAUUUGAACUGGUGGGGUCACUUGCGAGUUCGUCAACGGCAGCAGAGGUACUAGGCAGCCAAAAUUACAUCCGUCUGAAGACUUACCUGAGAGAAGGACCUUAUUAUGUGUCAGCUGUGGCCUCAGUCGGCACAGAGGGAGCAGACUGAUUCAGAUAAAAGCAGGUACACUUCAUGGGCUCCUGGUUAAUGCUAAAGUAAAGGGUAAGUGCCUGAGUGGUCUAACUGUGGGUUGAUCUAUUGUACUUAGUCUAUGACAAAACACAAAUAAUUCUAACAAUAGGUUGUUACGAGCUCGCUUGAUUGAAAGCUCUUUGGUCUUUCAGCAUAAAAUGGCAAAUAAGAAUCCCCGACAGGUUAAAACUCGACUGCAUCAAGAAAAACAUAAUUAAAAGGAUAGUUUGGAGUGUUUGAACAUAAGAGACUUUUCUGAUAAAACAUUAACCACCUUAUACUCGUCUUCAGUCAUUUUCUUUUUUCUAACUUCAUGAGAAGAUCUAUUAUUGUUUGUAGAAUGAAUUCAUGUGUCUUUCAAGUAAAAUUAGUGACAUGACAAUGGGGAAACCUUUUUCAGUUUAUGAACAUGUUUGAAUUGCAGUCAGACCUUUUAAAAGUAUUUUUACACUCUACAAAUAUGAACAUCACUAGAGUGGCAAGUAAAAUAGUAAAUCUCUGCAAAUAUGAGCCAUAUUAAAGGAGCACUCCACUGUUUUAGAGACUAGUUAACCCAAGUAGUACUACACUGGUUUUGAAAAUGGUUGUAUAUAGCUGUCUCUAGUUCGGCAUAGAGACUAAAUUUACCAGACCAUAAAAUUAGCAGAAAGAUUGCAAACUCAGGGGUGUGGUGUUCAAAGGACUUCAGUAAUUAGAGGACAGAAAGGUUCUAAUGAAAGAUUUUGCUAAGAAAGUGGAGGAUCCUAAAAAAUCUGCUGUUUGAGUUGGACUUUUUUUUUAAAUAACCUUUAUUAAAACACUAGCAUGCUGGAAUAUCCCUUAAAUAGGAAGCAGGAAGCAUCCAUUUAACUAUGUCUGUGCUGAAAAUCACACACAAGCGUCAAACAUGGUGACAUAAUUGCAUCAACAUCUCCACAUUGUCACACAAAUCUAGUCCAUGUGGUGCGUUAACACAGGUUUAGUCUUAAGCAGUAAUUAAAGAUCUAAGAUUUUACCCACCCAGGCACUUACAGAUUCACAUCCCAGCAUCCUUCACUCCACACUGGACUUGACCAAAAAUACAGCCUCAUUUAUCAAACUCAUUCCUCAAAAUCCUUCAGACAUUCACCACAUCUUUUUUUUCUGUCAAUGAUGUGUUUUUGUUUACUAAAUAGAAUGACUUUUUUUUAAUUAUUCAAUUAAAAAAAGAUUCAGACUUA